UUUUCACCUAUAAUUUGGAAGUUAAGUAAAUAACAAAAUGAAGCCAGUAAAGCAUCUGUUGCCCUCUAAUAAUAAAUUGGCAAGUGUUCCAGAAUUAAGUUACAACAAAGGAUUUCAUAAUUCACCAUUGUCACCUAAACCAAAGGAAAAACAAAGUUCAAAGUUAGUGCGUGAGAAAAUUGAACCAAUGGUCUUAAGAUCUCCACCAACAGGAGAAUCUGUUGUGAGGUAUGCUUUGCCCAUUCCAUCAAGUAAGACAAAGGAAUUAAUAGCAGAAGAUGAAUUGCUCAGAAAAAUUACCAAACAUCUAAAGAUGGUUGUUUCUACUUUGGAAGAAACCUAUGGAAUGGGCAGUGAAAAUGUAGAAAAACCACUUGUAAAGUCUGAAACUGAAGAAGUAUCUUUAUCUGUUGGGGAUGAUCUAAAUUCAUUCUUGGUAUGUUGUUCACAAUUUGCAGCUCAAUUAGAAGGAGCAGUUAAAGAGGAGAGUCAUAUUUUGGAAUCUCUUUUUAAGUGGUUUCAGCGACAGGUCAAUCAAAUGGAAGAGAUAAGUAAAGAUCAAAGUUUUUCAGAAGUAGAGUUUCCAGUACCUGAUAAAGCAGUCACUUUAAACAUUGCACAAGUAGUAAAGCAUGUGCAAAAACUUGAAGCACUGAAAAAUCGGCUUAAAGGAAGAUCUAAACAAACUUCGAAAGUCAUGCUAUUUAAGCCCAAGGAUAGUGAAAGUCCACCAGAAGCAGUGCAAAGUUAUGUAAAUGUACAGCAGAAAAUUGAAGAAUUCAUAAAAACUCACUCAACUGAAGACUUUAUAGAAGUUUCUGCAUCUGAAUCACAAACUAUGUAUUCAGUACCUAAUCGACUGGACACCAUGUUGAAAAUAUUUGAGAAACAGUCAAAUAUGUUAGAGAGAACUAGGAAUGAUAAAAUUUUGUUAGAAACUAAAUACAAACAGAUGCAAAAUGAUUUCCAAAUGUUAUCAGAGAAGAAAUUGAUGCUGGAAAGUGAACUAGAAAAAUUGAGGAUUAUAGAGACAACAAAGCCGACAUAUGAUCGAACAAAGAAAACUAUGAAAAUGGAGAAGAAAAAAGCUAAAGAAAAAUCUGAAGAUUCAGAAUCGAAAAAGUCUCCAGCCAAAGAGCUUAAAACAGAAUCCCUUAAAGCCCAGAAAUCAGCAAAUGCUCUGGAAACUGAGAACAAAAUCCUUCAGGAACAACUCAAACAAGCAUUACAGGAAGCUGAAAAAGCUAAGCAUCAACUAAAGUAUUUCCUAAAUCAAGGGGAGUUACUUAAAAGUGACAGGAAAACCAAGACAACAAUGGAAAAGAGUACAAGUGACACAGAAGUUAAAGUUGUGGAUUCAACAUCUCUACCAUUGGAGAGAGAAACAAGAAAAAUACAAAUUGCAGAUUCAAAUGGACAAAAGACAAAUGCUAAAAUCCAAGAUUAUCCACAGGUAAAGAAAUACUCAAAAUAA